GUUUUCUUUUUCUACCCCAGCUUUUCCUACCUUUCUCUCCUUUUCGUUCCCGCUGGGAAACAAGCUCCUUACUUUGUCCCUAUCACGAUCCAUUGGAGUCCGUUUGUUCCUUGUUGAGUCAUCCGGAAUGACAUGAGCGACGACCACUUUGCAGUCGCCCCAAUCUCCCAGUCAGCAAUGCUCUCCUCCAAAUCAGAUAGCCGGAAGACACAACAGCUAGGCAGCGAUGACCUCGUUCCAUUCGAUCAUGCCGCUGCAGGACACGACGGGGUCCGGUGUACCCUGUCUGGCUCGUUGAUCGCCAAACCCUGUACGCGCCAGGAAGUCGAAUUCUACGAAUCGAGCGCCCUCCACCCAGGUUUCCAAGAGUUUAUGCCCAUAUUUAUCGGAUCCCUCUCAUCAGCCGAACAGCAGCAACCGCUGGCGAUUGCUGCCGCCCAACAGUCCGGCGCGGUCUUUCUGCCCGCGCUCGGAGACGCGCCUUCGACGGCCCCCGCCCGGGAGGCAUCAACAUCACAAGAUGGCAAUGUGUCUGUGGAAGGAGAGCCUGCCAAAGCGGCAGAUUCUGCAUGGGUACCAUCCGAUGGGAAAAAGCUAGAUACGGGACUGUCGAUUGUGCUCGAGAAUGUCGCUUCUGGGUUUCGGCGGCCGAACGUGUUGGACGUGAAGCUCGGCGCGCGACUCUGGGCUGAUGACGCGCCACCCGCGAAGCGCAAUAAGCUGGAUGCAGUGGCCAAAGAAACGACCAGCUCAAGCUUGGGAUACCGCAUUGCGGGGAUGAAAGUGUGGACGGGCAAGAACGGCGAUACCGAUGAAGGUUCGCUGACCGAUCCCUAUGCCACCAAGUACGAAGGCAAAGAGGGUGCGAAGGGCGAGGUGAUUGAGAAAGACGGCUAUCGUCGUUACGAUAAAUGGUAUGGACGGUCUUUCACAGAGGAGACCGUCAAGCAAGGCUUUGAGACCUUUCUCGCCGGCGCCAAGGAGGGGAAGGUUGACCGCUCGAGAAUGAUUGCUCAGCGACUUGUGGAGGAACUACGAAAUGUGCAACAAGUGCUCGAGUCCGAGGAGAGUCGAAUGUACUCUGCGAGCGUGUUGAUUAUCUACGAAGGUGAUCCGGAAGCAAUGGAGCAUGCUUUAGAAGAAGAAAAGAAGAUCCCCGACCCGAGGGAUCAAGACGGAGAGGAAGAAGAUGAAGAGGAAGACGAUGAGGAUGUCGAGUUUGAAAUCACCGAGGGAUCUCUUGAGCUAGUCGAUGUCCAAUUAGAGGGCGGGAUCCCUCAAAAAGCUGUCAACAUCACCAUAGACCCUUCGACGGCACAACUCCCCACUCUCGGCGAUGACGACGACGAGGAAGAAGACGCCCCAAAGGUGCAUGACCUCCGCUUGAUCGACUUUGCCCACGCGACAUGGACGCCAGGUGCGGGUCCUGAUGAGAAUGUUCUGAUGGGCAUUCGAAGCCUUAUCAAAGUCUUCCAGGACUUGGCUGUCUGAGCCGAGAAUUUAUAUAAAUACCAUCGCUAUGAUCGUUACGAUUUUGAGCCGCAUGGUGGUUGCUGGCAACUGCCAAAAGUUGAGUCUUCUUGUCAUGGAUCUCCAGUUAGGCCAGAGUUAUAUUUACGAUUCAGCCUGAAUUGGCCCG